GGCAACCUUUUCUCAAUGAAUUGUAACGAUUACAAAAAAUACUAAAUGAAUCAUUGCUAUAAAUAAAAAUUUAGUAACACUGUUAAUUUCUUCCUUCUCUGGGUGAGUUAAUCGAUGCAUUCAAGGAUCGCUUAGCUCAGCCUAGGUUUAGUACAGGUAAUCAAGUCAGGAACAUCGAUAGGCAGAGUAGCGAUGGUCGGAAGUUAUCAGUAAACUAAUGGGUAAGUAAUUAACUAUAUAACAGGGGUUGUUUGCAAGACUAUAAUUCAAAUUUCUAUAGUGCAGGUGUAUGAGUUGGCAUCUUAUUCCGGAAACCAAAUGAGUCAACUGUGCUGCUGGCUAGCAGUUAGCCCGCUACAGCGAGUACUGUUACGUUAACUAUGAUCAUCAACGAGCUAUACUGUCAUUUUAGAGACAGAUAGCAAUGCAAUGUAUUGUAUGAACUUCAUUGCGUUUAUAACACAUUAUGUAAUAAGUCCACGCAAUCUACAUCUACACAAAAAGGGAGGCUAAGCAUUAUGAUAAAUCACGCAGCAUAGAUAGUGUAAACUAACUUUAAUGUGUGUUCUUGUUGUGUCUGUGGCCAACACGCCCCUGUAAAGCGGCAGUUAAUUUGCUCCUGUUUCUGUUCUUCCGUUACAUGACCACCUGUCUUUUGGGAAUGUUUUAUAGAGGAACGGCUGUUGCUGAACGAAAUAAAAACCACAUAUAGGAGACAUAGCCGCUGCCCGCAAUGUCCGCCCAGGGCGCUCGACUGUCUCCUGCCGGCCUCACCUCCGCUUCGACGACUACCACGUCAGGUGUUUCCUGCGGGGACGUCGGAGCUGCCAUGGCAACAGUGUCACCCGAGCAGGUUUCCUUCGCCUCUGACCGCUACGCGAGAAUCAUCCUGGCCCAGAUGAACCGGAUGCGGCUGCGCGCCGACUUCUGUGAUGUGCGGCUGAGAGUGGGCGAGCGGGUCUUCAGGGUUCACAGGCUCGUUCUGGCCGCCUGUAGCCCCUACUUCUGUGCGCUGUUCUCCGUAGGGAUGAAGGAGCUCGACAAGGACGAGGUGCAGAUCCUGGGAGUGGAGGCCGGGAUAUUCGAGGUUCUGCUGGACUUUAUUUACACAGGGGUGAUCAACGUGAGCGUGGAGAACGUCCAGGAGCUGAUGGUGGCGGCAGACAUGCUGCAGCUGGCGGAGGUGGUGUCCAUCUGUGGGGAGUUCCUCCAGGGCCACAUGGAGCCCUCCAACUGUGUCGGCAUCUUCCAGUUCCUGGAGCAGAUCGGCUGCAUGGACAUGCUGGAGUUCACUGAGAACUACAUCCACGUGCACUUCCUCGAGGUGUGCGUGGCCGAUGAGUUCUGGGGCCUGUCCAAGGACCAGCUGGUGCGGCUGCUCGGCAGCGAGGAGCUGCGCGUGGAGGAGGAGUACCAGGUCUUCAGCGCCGCCAUGGGCUGGCUGCUGCAGGACGUGGGGCCCAGGCGGCGCCACGCCGUGGAGGUCCUGGAGCCCGUCCGCUUCCCCCUGCUGUCCCCCCGUAGGCUGCUCAAGUACAUCGAAGGUGUUGCCGAUUUCAGCCUGCGGGUGGCGCUGCAGACCUUGUUGAAGGAGUACAUGGAGGUCACUAAAUCGCCGAAGGAAAAUAAGCCGUACUGUGUGGGGGAACCUUCCAAGAUGAGGCCCAGACGGAAAGCUAGGAAAUAUCUCUACAGUAUAGGGGGCUACACGCGGCUGCAGGGCGGCCGCUGGAGCGACAGCCGGGCCCUGAGCUGCGUGGAGCGCUUCGACUCGUUCAACCAGUACUGGACCACGGUGUCGUCGCUGCACCAGGCCCGCAGCGGGCUGGGGGUGGCCGUGCUGGACGGGAUGAUCUACGUGGUGGGAGGGGAGAAGGACUCCAUGAUCUUCGACUGCACGGAGCGCUACGACCCGGUGACCAAGCAGUGGGCGGCCGUGGCCUCCCUCACCUUCCCACGCUGCGGCGUCAGCGUGUGCCCCUGCCACGGGGCGCUCUACGCCUUCGGGGGUUGGAUCGGUUCAGAGAUCGGGAAGACGGUGGAGCGCUACGACCCCGAGGAGAACAAGUGGGAGGUGAUCGGUAGCAUGGCCGUUCCUCGCUACUACUGUGGCUGCUGUGAGCUUCAAGGUAUGAUGUACGUGCUGGGGGGUAUCAGCGAUGAUGGCCUGGAGCUGUGUUCGGCGGAGGUGUUCGACGCGCUCUCCCAGCGCUGGCGCCCGCUGCCCCCCAUGGCCACGCGCCGCGCCUACGUGGGCGUCGCCGCCCUCAACAACUGCAUCUACGCCGUGGGGGGCUGGAACGAGGCCCUGGGCUCGCUGGAGACGGUGGAGAAGUACUGCCCCGAGGAGGAGAGGUGGGUGGAGGUGGCGUCCAUGUGCACGGCGCGGGCGGGGGUCUCGGUGGCGGCGGUCAACGGGCUGCUGUACGCAGUGGGGGGCCGCGCCACCAGCCGGGACUUCUCGGCCCCCGUGACGGUGGACUCUGUAGAGGUCUACGACCCCCACCUGGACACAUGGACGGAGGUGGGCAACAUGAUCGCCAGCCGCUGUGACGGGGGGCUGGCGGUGCUCUGACCCCUCCCCCCCAGACUCCUUCAGGGGGGGGUAGAGGGACCACUCCCCUGCCCCCC